GGAACUUCGAGUGGUGUUAGAUUUAUUUCGAAAUAAAUAUAUAAAAUCAAAGAACGUAACAAGAAGGAGAACAAACAAAUCGCAAAACCCUCGUGUUAAAGUAAAAAGAAAGAGUUAAACACGCUCGGGUGUUUAACAAAGAAUUUAUUUUAUCCGGCUAAACACGCAAUCGGCCGGGUUUAUUAACAACGACACCGAACGCAAUUUUUUCUCCCUGAAGAGAAAAAAAACGUGUGACAGCGAGAGGCGCUAGUUGUGUGUGCAGAGAGAUCUCUCGGUCAGCCAGUCACUUUGGAACGCAUGACGUAAUUGUAUUGAUCCGAGCAAGAGAGAACAGUGAAAGAGGGAGCGCGAAAGAGAGAGAGAUAAAUUGAGAAAGAGACAGAGCGAGAGGGCCCGAAAAGUCGCGCAUUCGCCAUCUUGGGACGAAUUGUGGAAAAGAAAGGAGAAGAGAGUUUUGUGUGCUAGCCCCGCAGGCGCGAUACGUUUACUCUCCGGUAACCCUGGGUGUUAAUAAUCCGCGGCGAUCCGUGCAUUAAGUAGUUUUAUCGGGAAUUAAACCCGUUUGUGAACUGGCAACCCAUUUGGACGGACCAAGACAAAGGGUUCGUUCGUUGGGUCUGAGUGGUACUAAAUGGUUGCCUGCAGACAGCAUGUCUACUCUGUCAGGGAUUGUGUCGAAGGGGGAGAAAGGAAAAUCAAAGUUUCAAUCGCUAGAUAUCAAUAGCUUGUACCGGGUGAGCAGGGGAGAAUCUUUGGAACAACAUCAGCAAAAAAGUACAUUACCGCGUAAACAUGGAAUGCAGAGUUUGGGAAAGGUGCCUUCGGCACGGCGUCCACCCGCUAAUUUGCCUAGUUUGAAGAGCGAACACAGCAACAGUGAUCCAGCUGUAAGUCUUGUACCUAGCGGAGGAAGCGGUUGGGCAACUACUAAGGAUCCAUCGCCGUCGCCUACUUCAACCACACCAAACACUACACCUGCCCCAACUUCAGACACAUCAGUAACCAACUCAUCACCGGCGCCAUGUGUGCCGACACCAUCUGUGCCAACGGUACAGCCGCAACUCCCAUCAUUGCCAGGUCCACAGCAACAGCAACAGCAAAUACAGCAACAACCACAACAACAAAAUACUUCCCAGUCUCCCCAUCCUUCCGAAGCGGGCAGCAACAAAUCAUCAUGGAGCGCGAUAAUGAGCAGGCCAGGAGAUGUCGGUACGCCUGUCGUGGCAGCAGCGGUCGUUGGUUACGCUGGACUCGUUACCGGGGUCGGGAGAACAUCUCGAGGCGCCCUCGGACUGAGUUUCCUCGCCCAUCAGUCCCCGCAAUUCCAGCACGAGUUUCCCAGCCUCAGCGGACAGACAUCCGCCUCCGUCUCCAAUCAGAGCCAGACUCAACAGUCCACAACACCGUCGUCAAAUGCUGCUGCGAUUUCGGUCAAUGUACAGCAUCAAUCGUUGCUACCGCAACAAUCGUAUUCCCUCAACCACUCAGGCGGUGUGCCAGCUGGUCCACAACAGCAACAAUCGCAACAAACUCGAGAGCAGAACGCACAGUAUGGGCCUGGUCCAAGUCUGCGUCCGCAAACAGAGGGAAGCUGGAUUCAAGGUGGAAGUCGUGCGUCCGGAGGAGCCGUGGCAGUUGGUACCGGAAAUGGGAAUACUCCGGUGGUCCAGGGCCCCCCGAUAGGAAUUGGAGGGCCUCCAGGACACUCAGAGGGACCCGUUGGAGGGCGUCCGAGCUCGGUCCAAUCGCCGGGCACGGGAUCGGUCCCGGCAGGCCAACACAACCCACAAACCAAUCAGAGUCCGUCUGUCGUUCCGACCCAUCAACCCGUUCCAAGCGUUCAUCAUUACCGCGGGCUUAUUCCCCCAUUCAUGUACAGAGGAAACUUCCCGCCGGGCGGUUUUCCCUCCCAAUUUCCGGCAAACGUGAGUUCCGGUGGUGGUGGUGGAGGAGCCGCAGGAGGAGGAGGAGGCAGCAACGGACCACGUCCUAGAUUCAAUUAUUCCGCGGAACGUUUUCCGCCACCACCACGACAACAGCAGCAGCAGCAACAGGAACGUGAACGAGCAGUUGCCCCGGUCGAGGAAGAUGUUGUUAUUCCACGUCCGAUAAUAAGAGAGGAGGAUCUUACUAGAAUGGACGAUAUAUCGCACGAUGCAGGUUGGGCGGCUCAUGAUGAUAUCGACUAUAAUCAGAAAUUGGCAUUCAGCGAUGACGAGAAUGAGCCCGAGCCGGCACGACGGGAAGAGAAAAAAGAUAGCCCGCCGCCGAGAGAUGACAAGAUAAUAAAUGAAUCAACGAUUGAGGAAAGAGAAAGGCCUAGGGAAAUUAUACGCGAAAGAGAUGGUAUGAAGGAUUCUCGCGAUCUUAUGUCUCAGCAACAACAUCGUUCCUGGUAUCAGGAUCGUAUGGGACCUGGACAACGAGAUUUUCGCAGUUCCAACGGACCUCCGAUUAGAGAUAAUUAUCCACCCCAACAGCGACAUCAACCACCGCAACAGCAGCAACAACAGCAACAACCACCACAGCUCCAACAACAACCACCGCAGUCUAUUCGUAUCAAUCAUCCACUCAAAGGUGUCGAAGACGAAGAAAUAUGGACGCAGAGACGCAGAGAAACAGGAGAAAAUCUUGCUACCGUUACGGAGCGUGCACGCCUACGGAAGGAGGAGGAAGAAAGGCGUUACCAAGAAUCGAAGCAAGCAGCAGCGAAAAAGUUGCAGAAUCUUGAGGAGAAACUGAAGCAGGCUAAGCAAAAGGAAGAGAAGUCAAGUACUGUAUCGGAGCCUAAAGGUUUGAUAAGUGUUCCUCCAGUGCCUAUACCCGUGCCCGAAUGGGAGCGUGAGAAAGAAAACCGUGAGAGGGAAAAUCGCGAUCGUGGUGAUCGUGGCGGAGACCGUGAGCGUGAUCGUGAACGUUCGCGUACAUCCUCCGAAGGCAAGGACGAAAAAUCAAUCAUCAUAAGCACCCGCGAUAACCGACAGAACCGUGAAAUCAUACGUGACGCACGUGAUGUUCGCGAUGUUCGCGACGUGCGUGAUUCUCGUGACGUACGCGAUGUUCGUGACGUACGCGAGCCGCCGGUCGAUUUCGGGCCGGUUAAUCAACGUUCCGGUGGUUUCAUGAGACAGCAGUCCCAACAAGACUCAUCGAGAAUGGAUCGCGAUCGUGAACGGGAUCGCGAACCCAGAGAUAUCCGAGAACGCGAUCAAACUGGAUUCUAUCGUCACUUCAGUUUACCACCAAGAUUCCAAAAACAACAGGCUGAAAGAAGCGUCAGCACCGGGAAUAAUCGUGUAUCACCGAAUCCCGAGAGAAACAACUUCCAGCAACCUUUCAUGCAACAAUAUUCCGAUCAGGGUGGUAAUAACAGCAGUGCUGGUAUUAAUCGAUGGAGUCACAAUAAUCAUCCCAAUCAAGGACAGCAACAUAUACACACAACUUUAUCCAGCGGCAUGAAAGAUUCACACCCGAUGCCAAUGAUUCAGCGUCGUAGUAAGGGCGAUUCGGAGCAGUCGGUUUCGAGCCCGAUGGAUGAUGAGCCGCAGCCUCAACGCCCAUCGUCACGUGAUCAUGGCGGUCCACGGUCCAGAGAUGAAAGCGGUUUUGUACAAUCACGUGACAAUCGCGAUACCCGUAUCUUCGAUACUCGACGUUCCAGCGGCCACUACAACGAUUAUAAUCGUAGCUACAAAGAUUACGAGCACGAGGAUCGACACAGAAAUGAUAGACGCGACUCGGAGAGACACUAUGAAGAAAAAGAUGUGAGAGAAUGUCGGGAUUCGCGCGAUUCACGUGAUUCACGGGAUUCUCGUGAUUCACGCGAUUCACGUGAUUCACGCGAUUCACGCGAUUCUCGUGAUUCACGCGAUUUGAGAGAACCCAAGGAGAACAAACCUGAAUAUGACAAUUAUCGCAAGCAAUCACCGCCGCAGCAGGAUUUAGCGGACGAUCGUCCAAUGCAGAGAGAGCGUCCAGAAAGCGGUGAAUGGCGCGACACGCGUAGAGAGGAUCAUUGCCAAAUAGAGCGUCAAACGGAGAAUCGUCGCGAGGCAUUGCAGCGGGAAGAUCGUAUCGAAAGAAUUGAGCGUAACGAGCGUCCUCAAAGACCGGAUUCACGAGACAGCCGAACAUCUCGCGAAUCGAGAACUUCGUUGCGGGACGACGAGACGCAUAAGCUUCGCGAGAUUGGUUCGUGGUCACAAGACAUUGAUUACGAGGAGAAGAAACGUGAUUCGUAUAGAGAGGAUCACCGCGAACGUGAAAGAGAAGGUCGAUGGCAAGUGCCAGGACCUGUGACGAGAGAAAAAAUAGUAGCGGAUGAGCUCAAGAGCGAAAAACGUGGUAUGACGCCAUUGAAACGAGGUGGAAGUGGAGUGAGCAUCGGGGAAACGCAACAGCAGCAGCAACAACAGCCACAGCAACAGCAACAACAACAACCAGUUCAGGAGAAGAAAGAUUCACCUACGGAAAUGAAAAAAGAGGCUGAUGCGUGGAACCGCAAACUCGAACGUACACCAGAGAAUGCGAGACCGUUGGAAAGAAGCGAAAAUUCACCAAAAGCAUGGUCGGAAUCGGUAUCACCGUCUUUCGAAAAAGAGGACGAAAAACUGCUCGAACCGAUCAAGGACGAGAAAGAUAUCGUCGAAAUAAAGGAAAGCAUGAACAAAUUGUGCGUCGAGGAAAGAGACGAACCAUCACAGCAUAGUGAAGAAAUCAAGGACGAUCCUAAGGACGACAAGCGAGAGAAGAAUGUUCGUAAUCGGGCCAAUAGCGGAAGUUCAAGAACUCGCGAGACCCGAGGAAGUAGCAGUCGCGGUGAAGGCGGAACAGUAAGUGGCGGUAGCCGCACGUGGAUGCCGUACAACGUCUACGGAAGAAACUGGAGAGGCCCGGAGCCACGUGGACGAAGAACUGCAACUGGCCCAAGGUCGGUCGGUCGACCCGGAUCCACAAAAGGUGGAUAUGGACACUCGGAGAUGGAAUUGAGCGGCGACGAAAUUCCCGCCUCUACGGAAUCUGGCAAAGACGAGAGAAGAUCUACCGUCUCGCCUAAACCUUCCGCCCAAAAGAUCGACAAAGAAGAUCGUAAUCGUGAAGUUUCACGACGCGAAGACAAACGUAAUAGCGAUUAUUCCCAAGGACGUAACGAGAAACGUGGCUACGAUAGCAAACCAAGUCGCGAAGGUUUCGCACCGUCCGGGGAACCCUCGAGACGCGGACGCGGGGGGUUUCGCACACGUGGAGCAACUACCGGGUACGGACCUCCACCGAGCAAGAGCCCUUUCUCCACAGAACGUUCCAGCGACGACAAACAACAAAAUACUUCUCAACAAAAUCCAUCGACACCAACUCCAUCGGACAACGAUAUCAGCGUAGCUUCUUCGGCGAUAAUCGAUACGGCCGACGACAAGAUGACCGCGAAACAGCAAGCCCUUACCGCUGGUAUAACCGGUAGACGCAACAAAUCUCCCAAUUUACAGUCCCAACACCAAACCAACAACAAGCAGGAAAGUACCGGCAAUCAUGGAAAUCUUCCGUCUCAAAACGUUCCGUCUCAGAGAAAUCAACCGAAGAAAGAAGACUCAAGAUCCAAGAGAAACCGCAGCGGUAAUCGACGGGGCAGGGAUGGUCGCGAACCUCGUCUCCGGGGCAUGGGCAGCGUAAUAAAGCAGAAUUCAACGGACGUAGGUAACGAGGACUGGGAAACAACGUCAGAGAACAGCGAGGAGCACGUUGAGGAACACAAAGAAUCGCAAAACAGUCACGGCAAGCAAUUUGUGGGUACUCGAGGAGAUCAAUCCUCGAACAUGUCGAGCAUAAAUUCCCAGUCUCGCAGAAACGAGCAAAUGCGUAACAACCGUGAGCAGCGUGAAAAAACUGGCAAAUCAGCGGGAGCGAGUUCGCGAGCACCCGGAGCCGAGAAGAGAAAUGCUCAGAAUUCGGCGCUGAACAAUCAGCGCAAUCAUUCUGGUGGAAACAUGGGUCAGAGUAUGCAAAAUACGCAAACUCAAAACGGACGUCCUCGGAGUCAAGGCUCAGCGAACAGUGGACCUGUAUCGAACAAGCCGAUGAGCAAAGACACAACGGUAAAUCGUAUGGAUGAGAUCAAAUUGAACGAUCCAAACCUAGUGGAUCAAGCGCUGAACGAUAUAAACAAAAAAUCAUUGGGUAAAGAAAAGAAAGUGAUCGACGUUGACGGCGAUGCGAACAAUUAUGCGGCGAGCGGUGACGACCUCGAGCUCGCAAGUGACAAAAUGGAUAACGACGGUUUCCAGGAGGUCCGGUCCAAGAAAAACGUGAAAGAAGCUCGUCACGUCCAAAAGGACGAGCCGAAGCCAGCCCGUCGUGAAAAAGAUAAAGAACGCGAGCGCGAUCGCUCCAAGUCAAAAUCUAACGGUCCACAACAACCGAACCCCCAACAAGUUCAAAAUAUUCCGCCUCUUCUCGGUCAACCGAUACCACAACCAGCCAACAUGCCACCAAAACCCUUCGACCGCAAUGUCAAUCGCCAACAAUUGGCGCCACGAUUCCAAAAGCAAAAAAUGGCUAAACAACAAAUAUUCCAUAUGGGAGCGGGUAACGAAGGCAACGGCGAAUCAACCUCGGGGAAGGUGAACAACUCGAGUGGAAACUACAUGAAAGAUUCAGCAGGUGGACCGGCACCACCACCUUCGGUUAACGCCUGGGACAAACCUUUCACGAGUCAAAUGAGAUCGAACUCGCCUUCCUCGGUUCCAGCCGAUAUCCAACUGAUAUCAGGCCUCGCCGGACAAAAUGAUCAUUCACACGAUUCGAGUGAGCAAUCCCAACAGCAGGCCAAUUCGGGCGGCAGUAGUCAAAGAAAUUCGCCAAACUGCGACAACAAAUCGGUCAAGGGCAUGGUUAAAGAGCAAAUGUUGGACAAAAACGUGAGCGACGCUUCCUCGCCUCCCGUGCAGACUCUCAUUUUCGAGAAUACCAAUUACUCAAAGAAAUCAGCUCCAUCGGACAUGGCGAUGAAAGUUAAAUUCUCUGGUCACAUGAAAAAUCAAUCGAGCAGAGGCGAAAAACGCAGUGACAUCGAUGACGAAAGCUCCGGACAAAUGCAACAUCAAGCCCAAACACUUUCGGCCGCUUUCUCCAACAAAUCGAACGAUAUUAUGAAAGAUAAAUCUCAAGAAGCCAUCCAAAUGCCAUUAUCGUUCAACAAAAGCGAAGACAAUGCCGACAUGAAACUCGAUUUUACUUUCGACUCCGAUCUCACUCAACUCACCGACGACAAGAACAAGAGCCUUGGUAUGACGAGAUCCAUGAAUAUGGCUGGUGGUCAGAACACCAUUUCACCUUUAACCGCUGAUCUCAAUCUAAAAAUAGCCUCAGUCAAAAAAGUUUGGGAAACUGCACCUCCUAUGCCGACCGUCGUCGAGCACGAAGAUGGUAACUCCGUCGCCAAUGCCAACAGCUUCCCUCAGAGCUUCGAAAGUUCCGACGUCGAUGACAGUUACAGCCCUCAUCAACAGUACAAUCAGAACAACAUGAAAAACGAGAUUGCCACAUCCACAAAUGUAUGCAAGCUGGUUCCCCCGCAGGUGAAGCCGCAGCAACAGUCCUCAGGGAAUGGUGGUGCGCAACCUGGUUCCACUGUACCCGAUCCCAGUCCCAUAGGCCUCGUUCAGAGUCCCAUUAGGCAUCCGCCGGCCGGUCUUCAAGGCCAGAUGAGUCCACCCCCCUUCAAUUCUGCCGGUCAACCUUCCCACAUUAAUUACCAAUUCUAUCAGGAGUUGCAGCAAUAUCCUGGCUCUCAGGCGGCCCAAUACGGAAGUAUGCCGGCAAUUCCGUCGCCUCCGACCGUUCUGUUCAAUACAGGUUCGGGACAGUUGCCGGCUCAGGCAGGUGGUCUUUACGGUGCAUUCCAAUUGGAUCAGAGUCGUUCCCCCUUCACGCAAUAUCCGCCCUAUGGGCCGUCUCUUCAGAGCUCCUUCAACCAACAAAACGUUUAUCUUCAACAACCACCACCACCCCCGGCACCUCAUGCCCCGAACGCCCCGACUCCGGACAUGUAUCAGAGUCAUUUGUCACAGUACCGAAUCAAUACAGGAGCCGCACCACCUUUUGGACAGAAUCAGCAGUUGAGCAAUAACCCGAACACUGUGCUGAUAAGUUCGUCAUCGAAUUCGCUUAUGUCAACGAGCGUUAAGCCAUCCUCGCAAGGAAUCGGAGCAAUCGGAACGAAGGCACCACAUUUCCAAGCUCCUUCAGCUCCUCAACCGAAUCCACUGGCCUUCAUACCAUACGAUCCCAAUCAAGUGUUGGGUGUAAGCGGAAAUUACAUGGGUAAUUCGCAGCUCGUACAGCGGCCUGGACCAAGCGUUCAACCGUCGGCGAAUAGCUAUUAUAGCCCGACUUCCGCCGACGUAUUUCCGGGUUCGCAAACGGGUUUUUAUCAGCCUGGCGGACCCGCCCAACAGACUGGAACGCCCUACGGUCUUCAGGGGUUUGGUCAACACAGCCAGAGUCUAGCAACCGGCAGCGCUACUCAGGUUGGUGUCCAGAAUUAUAGCUCGCAAUUCCUUUCCGGUUCGGGUCUCCAAAUUGCUGCUGCCGCGGCCGCUCAACAAUUUCGCAACCCGACCGGAGGUUUGCCGGGUCCCACCCCGGGCCCGUUUCUGAGCAAGUUUCAACAGCAGGAACAACCAAGACAACUGAAAAGCCCUUCAGGAAAUCAACAAGACGUGCUUGCUUCGGUAUUUAGUUCGACUUCACAAAUGCCGUCACCAAAAUCUCGCAAUUGCAAACAACAAACGCAAUCUCAACAGCCACAGCCGAGUCCAACUCAACAUCACAAAUACCAACAACAUCAGGGCGUUAGUCAGUCUGCUCUGGUAAGCGGCUACAGUAACUAUGUUCUACAACAAAACGUACGAGGUAUGGGAAUGCCACCUCGUGCCGGUAUACAACCGUCGCAACAGCGUUAUCCGCCCCCGAUUCAAAGGCCCGUAGUGCCUUUUCCACAAGGACCGAAUAAUUCAAGCCAGCAACCAAACUGUAUGCCGAAUCAACAAUCCCAGCAGCAGCAACAACAACAGCAACAACAGGCGCAGAUGAAUCGCCACAGGUCGAAUCUUCAUCAGCAACAACAGCAACAACCACAGCGUAACAUGAAGAUUCAGCAACAAUAUUAUUCUGGGCAAGGUAAUGUGAAAAUGGAUGCUAACGAUAAAGCCGAGUCACAUAGUGAAAAAAUCGCUGACGGCACUGCCGCUAACCAGGGGGGAGGUAACAAGUCCAAUGUAAGUCAGCAAGAUGUCGAUAAUAAGGAGGAAGUAAAUCAGCAAAACGAGUAAAAGAAAUGAGAUAUGAAAACAGAAAGUUGGAAAAAGAGCAAGAGAGAGAGAGAGGGAGAGAAAGCGAGCGCAAGAGAAGCAAGAGAAAAAGGGGCGUAUUGAUAAGGUGCAUCCUCAUGGCUCGAGUACGAGGACACCCUUGCGAGCUUCUCUCGCGAUAUCCGGAUAUUACACACCGUAUUUAAAAUGAUAUUACGAUUCAAGACAUACUGAUAUCUCUAUACUAUAAACGUUUUUUGUUUCCUUUCGAGAGAUCUCGGAGAAAAACUGCCUCUGCCCGACGUUCUAGGGUUCGAAGAAAAUGGAUCGACGCCUCAUCCGAACAGAGAUUGAGCGUCAUUCCAUUUCGCCCUUCUCAACAAAAAAAUGUCAAACGAAAAUAUCCACGGACCCGCGCCCCUUCGCGUUAAACGCACUGAAUAAACGUUCCGCGAUGUUCUAUGAACCGAAAACGGAAAAAAACGGAGCGUCAUCAACAAUUGUAUAUUCGUGAAGAGAUUUUUCGUGUCUAAAAGUGUCUGUUGAAACGAGUUUAUCACAUUUGUGUGACGCGAGAAUUAUUGUCGAAUUCUUUGUACCGUUUAAUGGAUUCGCUCAACUAUUUCGAGUUGUUUAUCCGCACACCCACACUCGCAAGUUAACCCACAUAAAUCGCACCAGCGGUCAAUCCACAAAUAACAACAUACGAGACAUGCGUAAACCACGUUCAUCAUAGACGAUGAAUAAACGGAAUAAAAGCGUAAGUUUCGCGCUUCCGGAGAUGUUAAACGAAAUAACAAAAAAAAGUCGAAAGUAAAAAAUUGGUCAACUGAGUUAACUGAUCGAGAUAAAAUCGUUGAUUAGCGCGCGUAUUAUAUUCAGUUCCUCAAUUCAAGAGAUAUUGCGACUGAUUAUUUAACGCGAAUUUUAAUUGAUACGUUCUUCAUCAACUGGUUGAAUGAAGGAAUAAUUAUUUAAAAAAAAGGAGAAUAACAUAAAUAAAUGUCGAAGAAAAAAAAUACAAACCAGAACAAACAAAAAUCACAUAGAGCUUACGUAACGUAAGGUGUCGCUUGUGCAGUGUGAGAAGGAGAACCCCCCGCGAAUUAACGAAAUAAAAUAACCGACAAACGAAAAUGAUAAAUGGAAAAAAAAAAAACAAAAAAUAUUAUAAGAGUGAAGUGACUUUGUCCAAGCGUUCGUGGGACAAAUGAAAAAAGGUGGCUCACCGGAAAUCGACCGAUCGUCGUUAUUCCGCACCUUUUCGCAAGUUACAAAGUCACCAAAUAAUUGUAUAUUAUUCUGCUUUAAAAUUGCAGUUCGAGCAUUAUAAUGGUAAAAAAGAAGAAAAAAAAUCAUACACUCAUACAAUGAAGUUAUUCAGAGGAUGACAUGAUUCAAACAAAAGUAAUAAUAACAUUAAUAAACGCUAGUAUUUACUGAAAGAUCACACAGCGUCGUUGCUAGUUGUAUUUUUUAUUGUUUAUUUUCAUUUCUUUUGUGUUUCUCUCUCAUUGGAAAACGACGAUAGCGUACUAGUAUGUAAUCGUGACGGUGUAUGGAAACGCGCUCGGUUCCUGAAGAGAAUCUAAAUAAAUAUCGAAUAAAUAUGAAGAAAAACAAAUACGAAGGAAAUGAGAAAAGGAUUGAACGAAGAAAAAAAAAAGGGAAUCACAUGUGCGGCGUGUGGCUAUGGUAAAACUAAAGAUUAUUAGAAUUUCACCCACGUAAGAGAAAACAUGAUCGUCAAACAUAAUUCACUUAAAGUACUGCCAGUCGCGUUUGUCGACAUAACUUGAACAUUUUUUUCACGUCGUUCACUAAAUCGUCGCGUGGGAGGGAACGAAACGGAGACGGACAGAGGGAGAUUGGAUGGUAGUUGAAGGGGUGGAUUUUGCACCGGGAAUUCAACAGAAUUCUGUACCGGAGGGUUAAAAAAAAAAAGGAAAAAAAACCACGAUUUUCCGAAGCCAAAAGGGAGAAUACACCAAAAAUAAUGUUGCAAAGUUUCGUUUACCCUAUUCGAUAAAUAUCAAAGCUCGCCUAAAGACACUAAUUGUGCCCUAGUGCAAAAAUGCUAUUAUUACCGAUAUUGUGCAAUUCCUUCGGACGGGAAAUGAAACGAAAUUGAACGAGAUCAGCAUCGAAUAAGUAUCGAAAGAGAAAGUUUAACAAGCAACAUAACGAGAUACCAGCAAACGAAAUAAUAAAAAUAUCGUUUUUGUGCUCGCGACUCGCGAAGUCGAAGGGGGGAAGGGCGGGAAAUUAAAAAAAAAAAAAAAACCCCAGCAAAAGUGACAAAACGCGCGUCAAAUAUCCCAGAUUAUAAAGUUAUCGUAUUACGAAUGUUGAAAUAAUAUCAGCUUAUCGUGGCCGAAUUAUUAUCAUGGGCAAUGACUUGGAUACGCGUACGUGCUGCAAGAAUGUAACGUGUAAAAAGAUAUUUAAAGUUGCGAAACCGAAAGGAAUGAAGGUAUUUUUAGUGCCUUCGACGCGCUGCCGCACAAAAACAUAUAUUGAAAAAAAAAAAAAAACGAAAACAAAAGUAAUACCAAGUACACGACAUUUACAUGCCGGCGUGUUUAUUGUAUCACUAAAUGUGACAACCGAACGAAAAUUAUAUUUUAGGAGUGAUUACGUGGCGUUUCAAUGCUAGUGAAAGAACGAGUAAAACAAUCCUUUUUCACACUACUAUUAACUAUUAUCAUUACUAUAUUAUUAUUAUUAUUAUUAUUAUUAUUAUUAUUAUUAUUUUAUGAUUUUUCUUAAUUUUAUUACGUAUUAAUCGCACGUGUACACUCAGCGGAUAUUGUUAGGAGAGGAUGAUUAGCGUGAUUAGCAAAUACGAAUGUGAGCGAAUCAUAAAAAUAGAGGAACGUCGAGAUUCGAAAAACAAUGAUAAAAAAAAAAAUAAUAAAUAAUAAAUUAAUUAAAAUCGUGUACGAAAUGUAGCAUGUGUAAAAACGAUUAUUGCGAGUAUAAUUGAGGCCGAAAGAAGAUAAUGAAGGAAACAAAAGGAAAUUCUGUCUAAUCACGUUUAAUCGUUUAUAUGUGAAGCAAAACUUAUUUGACAUUGUAUCAGGACGCAUUGGUGGUGAAAAACGAAGAUAAAAAAAACAAUGGCACCGAGGGUCUGUCGUGUUUGUGAUGUAAAAAAUGACGGUACGACAGACGUGACAAAUGGCCCGCGAUUUGAGACGGAAACGAAAGUAAGAAAAGCAAGUGUUUCUGUUCGAUUUCAAUUGAUCGAAUCGGGGAGUUAGUGUUUUUAUAACUCUUGAUGAUAAUUGGUCGCUCCAUCGAAUACUGGCAGAGCGAGUAUUAAAAAUAAUGACAGGAAAUAUAUGAACUCUUGUGUUUCUCAACACUCUCAGAGCUCAUAAAAAAUCGAACGAAAAGAAAAAAUAUAUAAAGCGUUGAUCGAAAUAUUAUGAUUGAAGAGAAAAUAAUGGAAUAGAGGAAAACAAUAGGCAGAAAGGAAAUUGUGAGACAGCGGGUCGUCGAGUCAAAUGAAACGCGAUCAUUAUAAUCGCGACUGACAAUACGUGACCUGUAGAUAUCAUUAUUUUUUUUUUUUUUUUUUUUUUUAUAAUACCUUUUUUAUUUCGAAGACUGAAUUUUUGCGUGUACGUCCCUUGGUUUAACGUUGCGAAUAAACUCGACGAAGGAAACGUUUGAAAAAUCCUUGAAAAAAAGGGUGAAAAAUGAGCAAUCCUUCGCUUGAAUAAACUCGUGAUAAUUAUUGUUUGCUGUGUGAGUGCGAGCGAGAGCGAGAGAGAGGAUGAAAAAGCGAAACGAUAAUCGAUCAACUGUUAAAGAAAGAUAAAAAGCUUUGCCAAAUCCGAUUGAGCGAAAGAUUCGAUAACUGAGAGAAUUGAAAAUGAAAACAAAGCGGGCGGACCCUUCGACCUCGAAAGCCCUUCCCCCCCUCCAAGGCACCUGUAAUUUUACCUAUCUGUAGUUAGUGACAAGAACGACAGUAACUUAUACAUUUACCUGCUAAACGAUAAUAAAAAAAAAUGAAAAUGAAAAAAAAAACAUUAAUAAUUAAAGGCAAGAAAAAAUAUGAAAACUAAACGGAACUGAUGUGCUCUUUUUGUCGUUAUAAUUUGUAAACGACGAUUAUCCCUCCCCGUGAUAAACACGAAAAAAAAUGUAUGCGAUAAAUCGGCGACUAUUAUGUUAUAAUUUAAGAAUCUACUAUUCUUUUCUCUUACGUUUUGUGUUCUCAUAAAUGAAAACUUUCACCUUCGUAUUAAUGGACACGAAAGCCGGAGCAGGCUGCUUCUAUACCGUCGUAAAACUCGAAUAACGAUUACCGAUCCGUUGGUUUUCCUUUAACGAGGAAAAAUAAAUUUUUUUACACUAUUGACACUCGAACAUAUUGAAAAGAACGACGAAUAAAAAGAAACAAUAAAAUAUAAUGCAAUUAGACAAUUAAAGAAUCUGACUAUAACCGCACGUCGUGUUUAGUAUCUCGAAAAUUUUGGUACGUUGCGAUUUCGGUUGUUGUCUUCAUUAAAACGCUUAAAAAAGCCUCUAUUGAUAAAAAUCGUAAUAAAAAUAAAUAAAUAAUGAUAAUAAUAGGACUCGAAUAAUUGAUCCCUUGUUACAAUUGGACUAUAAACGAAUAUUAACAUCGUCCUCAUUAUUGUUAUCAUUAUUAUUAUUGCCCAUUCGUCAUUGAAUUGCCAUUCGAUCAUUUUGUACAGAAAUUAAUAUUCCAAGUGCCCCUGAUGAGAAAAACGCUCAAAAACUCUUUUAUCGAAAGAAACACAGUGUGCGAGACACAAAUACCUAUUUCACAUAUUCUUGUCAUUGGUCAUCCGCGCUUUGUAACAUAGCCAAGAAUAAAAUCGUUAUGAUUCUAUGCAUAACAGGGUUCACGACUACCGAUCGAUGCAGGAAAGAACGAGUAUAACAAAAAUGCACGCAAUCAAAUCGGUAUAUAUAUUCGUCACCUCGUUUGAAAAUGAGGUGCACUUUUCGGCGCGUUGAAUUAAUAAUAAUAAUGAUGAUGACGAUAGUAAUAACAACGAAAAAACGAAUCUAGAAAAAAUUGAGUCCAGUUGACCACAAUUGUGAGAAAAAAUAAUCAUUAUUAUUAUUGUUGUUGAAAGCGUGACGGCCGAAUCGUAAUCGCAACGUGCUACCUCAAUCCUCGAAAUAUUCGUUAUUAACCUCAAAAGUAUGCACUUCGCAGUGAGAUAAAAGCUACGCGAUGUCAGACUAUCCCACUCAAAAAUGAUCGAUACUGAAACGCGACAAAAGUGUAUAUCGCUUGUGGCAUUGCAAAUAUUUCUUGAACAGGCAGAAUAGUUUUCCUGUCGAAAAAAGUGUCAACACGUCGAAUUUGCGAAAUUGCGUCUGGAGUCUAGUACACCGGAAGUAUACUUUGAGAGUUACAAAACCAUGCGACUGAUUUUGCAAUGCUACACAAAACGAGCGUUUUCGUAAAGAACGAGAAAAUGAAUAAAUAAAAGUGAAUUUUUUGUGACACUCGUAGAGCCAUAAUGAACAAAAAAAAACGAUGCUGCUAUUGUACACGAAUCUUUAUUAUGUUUGUAUCAAUGAGAUCGUGGUUGGAAUUAGAGAAUAUGCGUUUGAUCGCACGAUACAGAGAAAGAGGGCUAAAAAGGCAUGAAAAACUGUCUUUAAGUACAGAAAUACAUAUAUAUAUCGGAAAUGACGGAAAAAGAGAUAUAAAAAAUAUUGAAAGAAAAAAACGUGAGAACGAUUAUGAUUAAAAAAAAAAACCAAUUUCUCUACUGAAAGGAAAAAAACUUUUUCAUUCGUUAUUUACACACUCUAAUGUAAUUUCCAAAGAUAAACGCGAUAUCACGUAAAAGCAUUUAAGGAUUCAUGGAUCUCGGCAUUAGUCCAUACCCUUGCCACGAAAUAUGGAAAAAUGAAAAAAUUUUGGUAAUUUUACUGUUAUAUGCAUAGACAUCUUCUCGUCGAUAUAUAAUAAGAACUGACCGCACCUGGAAAACUCAUCGGAGAAAUUAUCGUGAUCAUAGGUAUAAUGUACUAUAUUGUCCUUAGCUGCAAUUAUAUUACAUAAUGAGAACUGGAACUGGAGUAUAUUGAAGUCUCUUCGAAAAA